UUCAGGCAGAACAAAAAAUACGUCUUUUACGUAUAUUCCACAAAUUGAAGUUAAGAAUUGGAAGAAAAUCCGAUAUUCUUGAAUAUUUGUCGUUUAGCGAAGUUAAAGUAGUUAGAGAUAGGAAGAUCUCCAGUCCUAGUCCUAGCUUUCUCAAUUUGAAUCAAGAAAAACUUGAAAGAUAUGGAUAUGGAUAG